AGGAACAUGAUACUCUUGAAUAAUUGAACCAAGUAAGACCGCAGGAGAAGCACGCUGACGUUGCAAAUACUUCUCGUCACGAGGAAUUAUUUCUUCUUCAUCUGAGAUUUUUACCAUUUUUACCACGACAAAUUCAUCGACCAACGAAAGCGACAAAUCAUGUCCGAGCAAGCCUCCGUCUGCAUUCCGGUCCACCCGGGACUGGUGUUGCAAGGACUACUGAACGGCAAAACUACUAGCAAAAGAAAUAACCAGAAAACUGCCAACCAUGACACGCCCUGCCUUCGACUGGAUAACCGCACAUCCCCGUUUCAAUUCCGCGAACCGAAGUUGCAGGUUUUCGACUUGGGGCACGUGAUGCUGACCUUUGAGAAUAAUCAUGAAAUGAACACGGCUACCGCAAGAACACCAGGGGAAAUCGCAAUAACGAGCAGAAAACCAUCCUCCUGCACGAAAGUUUUCGGAAUCUGCAGGGGGGAAAUCACGAAACCUGCUGCCGAUAAGCCGAACCAGGGUCGGAUAAACUUCAACGUGGAAUUUUCCGGCAUCGCCGACUCCGCGUUUCAACCGCUAAUUGCGAACGGCGAGCAUUUCGUGCAGAGUAGUAGUUCCUCUGGUGGCCAACAACAGCAAAACAGCCCGAACAGUGUCAACACCGUCUGCAUCACGAACCGGAUCGAGCGGAUCUUGAAGCAAACGAAUGCGAUCGACGAAGAAUCGUUGUGUUUAGUUUCCGGCGAGAAGUGUUGGGAACUCACAGUCACAGUAAUCGCGAUAAACAACGACGGGAAUUUAGUGGAUGCCUGUGUUCUCGCGGGCCUGCUGGCGCUGAAAACUUUUCGGAAGGAGCAGAUCCAAAUUGUGGAAGACGGGUCUUUGCAGGUUUUCACCAAGGAGGAACGGGAGCCAAUCGCGCUGAACAUUCACCACUUGCCGAUUCCAGUGUCGUUUGGAGUUGUUUCGGUUGGGAAUGGAUUGGGGAACGGCGGCAGUGGCCGGAAUAGUAGUUCUAGGAACAACAAACUGUUUCUCGCCGAUAUGAACCGACAGGAGGAGCUCCUCGCUGACGGGGUUGUGACUCUCGCCGUGAACCAAUUCGGGGAAAUUUGCGGAACCGAAGUGAUUGGCGCGGAGAUUGAAGCGACGGAGAUUUUCGACUUGCUACUCCCUCUAGCGGUGGAGAGAAGUCGGGCACUAGUGGGAUUCUUGGACGAGAAAGUCGUGGAAUUUGAGGAACACAGACGGAAAGUCAGGAUGAAACGGGAUUGAGGAUAUCUGAUUGGGGUUGUGGUGAUUUUUCUUGCGAAUGUGAUUCUGUCUCUAGUUGUCGCCUAAUCCUAUGAUCGCAGCUAUCUCACACAUCAGCACUUUAGUCACAAUUAUUUCCCAACAUCUACUACUGCUAGAUUGCAAUAUCAUUCUACUGACCUGCGCAUCAACGGCGUUGAUUUAUUUGUCCCCCGGGCCCCUCGUCACACAGAUGACAUACGCAACC